AGUGCUGAGUCAGUAGCGUUAGACAGCUGACAGCAGGUGUGCCCAGGUUAAGCAUUUCAAUCGCGCUGUAUCUCAUCGCAUUCAAGUAAAAAUACUAAUAAUCAUUCAAUAUCUGGACUCAAGUGGUGUGUGUGUGUGUGUUUAGUGUGUAUUUAAAAAUGCAGUUUGUGCGCGUAAUCGGCAUUAUUUGUUGCUGUUUGGUUUUGUUUUUAUUUUGCACACCGCUCAACGUUGCUGCCCUCAAUCGCCGAGUAAAACUUUGCUUGCAACCACCUCAAAGCGGUCGUUGCUUCGGCUAUGUGUCUAGCUUUGCCUAUAAUCCGGUGGCGCGCAAAUGCGAGGAGUUCAUCUAUGGUGGGUGUGGCGGCAAUGAUAAUCGCUUCGAUACGAAGAAGGAGUGUGAACUGACUUGUCGUGAUGUUUAGCAGGGAUUUGGCGCUGUGAUUGGGUGGCGAAAUUUGUGAAAAUGUGUUUGUUAAUACUCGUAUUUUAGGCUUUCAUGUUCUGUUUCCAUAAAAAAAAACUAUUAAAGUAUUUCAUUAAAUUAGACAAAAAUAAAACUCGAGCAAAAAUGAAAUUAUAAAA